AUGCGCAAAGCUGACACCACGAUCCCACUGAAGCUGGGCAACCUUCGACAGGAACUCGAAGAAGAGAGAGCUCUCCUCCGCUAUCGAUGCCGCGAAGGUGACCCGUACGGUGUCUUCCCUUCCUUGCGCAAACGGACGCGGAAACAGCGGGAAGUGUCUCUGCUCCUCCAAUCGUCAAUCGAGAAGCUAUGGCUACAGUUCAAGAAUAUUGAACGGCCAUUCCUCAUAGGAAAUUCGCUGCGCGCAGAGCAGGUCCAGAGGGGCGACUACUGGGGUGAAAGCGAUAUCGAAGAGAAACCCCGUGCCAGACCAGAUAAGACCAGGACAAGGGACCGGGUGGAUUUGGCCGAAGCUGGAUUGGCUCCUGACCAACAGCCUCGUUACUAUCGGACUGAUCUCGCCCAUCGUUUCAUCUGGUGGCAAAGUGUAUCAGCUGUCGAGGACAUGUUGAAUCAGGUCCAACGUAUUCAGAUCCGCAGGAUGGAGAGAGAUGUAUUUGAAACCGAUGAAUUGGUGAAGCGUUGCUUGAACACGCUAAAAGGCUCAGGCGGCCGUGGAAGAAGCGUACGUGGAGGCUUUAGCAGUAGUGGUGGUGGAAGUGGAGGACGUGGUGGUGGCAUUGGAGCCGUCAGAAGACGUAACGUGAGAUCGAGAACGGGCACCCUAAUGAAUCCAGGUCGACGCAGUAGCGCAGCUGGUGAGUACUUCCGAGAAGUUGAAGAAAAGGAAAUCAGACGGGUACGCUCGGAGAGUGGCGGACCUCGAGAGGGUCAAGCAAGUAAUACAGGACGGCGCCGCAACCGAAGCCCAGCGCCACGGUAUGAGUACGAAGUCAUUCACCCGGGAAGAAUCUCUGUUGAUGUGGGUGGUGGUGAGCCUGGGCGGUUUGAGCGGAUUGUGCGGAGGAGAAGUUAUAGUCGCGACCGCAGUCGAGGCAGAUAG